CUUGUUUCGAUUUAUCACUUGGAUUGAGGAUUCUGCAAUUUGGUCGAGGAAAGGCAACAACAGUUGCGUCUUUUGAUACGGUUUCAGGGGAUACAAAGUGGUAUCGUCGGCCGACGGUGUUAACGAUCGAUCUCUCAAGGAAUUGACAUGGAUCUGUUCCAGUCGGAUAUCCACCAGGUGUUCGUGAAAUUGCUGGAUGGAAAGCACAAGAUUUUGAAUUUCGGCGAACCCUCGAUUCCCGUCUCUGCCCUAAAGAGCCGGAUCGAAACCCUAACUUCUAUCCCCUCCGGCCUCCAGCGUCUUGUUCUUCAGAAUUCCAACAUCCUUCGCGACGAUCAGUUUCUGAAUAUCACUCAGCCCAACGAGAAAUUACAGAUUUUCAAAACCCUAGGCCCCGAUUCGAGCGGCCAAUUAGAUGGAGAGGAAGAUUGUAAUCUAGGUGGUUCUGCGGUUGCGAAUAGGCCGAGGAAAUUUCCUGUGAUCGUGCAUCUUUUGCUGAGGCUUCGGGGCGGGAAAGGGGGAUUUGGGUCGUUGCUCAGAGGGGCGGCAACGAAGGCUGGGCAGAAGAAAACGAACAAUUUUGAUGCUUGUAGGGAUAUGAAUGGGCGAAGACUGAGACAUGUGAACGCGGAAAAGAGGCUGGAGGAGUGGAGGGCGGAGACGGAGGAGAGGAAGUUGGAAAAGAUGGCUGAAGAGUUCAUUAAGAAGAAGACGAAGGAGAUUGUGAAGAGUGGAAAGGGGAAAGGGGGCGAUAGUACGGAGAAGUAUGUAGCGAAAUACAGGGAAGAUUCAGCCAAGUGCAUGGAGGAGGUGGAGAGGUCUGUGAGAGAAUCAGUUCAGCAGCAGAAAUUGUUGAGCUCCAAGAGGAAGAAGGAUUUGGCUAAGGGAAUUGAGUCUGCACCCAAGAGAUUGAAGAUAUGGUUUGGAAAGAGAAAAGUGGGUGACAGCGACAGCGACGAGGACGACAUGGAUGAGGAGGGCAGUGAUAAAGAAGAGGAAGGCGAAAAUGAGAAAUCUGUUAUAGAUAAUGGGAGUCAUUCUGAUUCGAGCAAAGAGGCAGAGACUAGUACUGGUUCAAUUCCCUGUAAGGAACAUGUUACUGAAUCUGUUGAUCAAGGUUCCUCCGAAAGUGGCUCAGAUGAAGUACGUAACGUUGCUGAGUAUCCAUUAAAUUUAAAUAAAAGUAGUGAGGAUGAAAGCAGUGAACAAGAGAAUACUCAAGUGCUAGAUUAUGUUGAGAAAAACGGGGUUUGUAAUGAAGUUGUAUACGAGCUGCCGCAGAGAUCACUCACAGAAGUGAAAAACAGUGUACUCGAGCCAGUUCAUGAAGACCCCCCGAUAUCUGUAAGUUCAGAUCUUCAGAGCUCAGAGAAGCCCCUUAACUUUGAUGAAUAUCAUUCAGCAGCUGAAUUAGAGGUUCUUGGCAUGGAACGAUUGAAAUCUGAACUUCAAACCCGGGGGUUGAAAUGUGGAGGGACUCUGCAAGAACGUGCAGCUAGGCUUUUCCUGCUCAAAACAACACCAUUAGAGAUGCUUCCAAAGAAGCUUUUUGCCAAGAAAUGAAAUGCCAAGUAUGAUCUAACACUAUCAGUGUACCGUACCAUGUUCAUUGUUCACAACCAAUGAAACCGAGCUUGAAUGCUUUUUUAGCGCCUACUGAAAUCAUGUGUAAUGCACCAAAUGCUUUAUGUACUGUAUCUUCUGUCUGUUUGAGCUACUUAGAUAUAGAAUGCACCUCGAUCUUCUUUAAGUCUACUGUAAUGCUGUUCAAAUCAAAUCGGCUUUGAUAUUUCUUAUAAAUACUUCCUUUUACAA